AUGGCAUCCUUGCUUGCGUCGCCAGCCGAACUGGCUACUUUGACCUCCUUGAACGACGUGGUCACCUUCGCCGCAGUGGAGGCGAACCUGUGGACCUUAUUUGCCAAACAGCUUGGCAACCCACCAAGCGUUCGGAUCCUAGCAAUGGUUCCGGCCUCGGUGUUGCAGAAAACCAUCUUGGGCCUGCGGAUCCCCUCUGGUGCCGCCCCGGCGGAUGGAACCCCGCCGCCGACGCGCGAUCCCAACGUCACCGAGACGAUCCAGAUGGCGCUGGUGUGGCGGGUAGCCAGGCAGGCCGUAGGGCUGGAGGACAUGGAUCCGAUGUUGCCAGGAGCGGAGUCCUCCUCGGCUGUCAGGGCCACGGUGGGGGCAAGUCCACCAGUGAGUGGAACACCGGGGGUGGCGGCAGCAGUGCCUACGCAAAACCAGCCAUCGCCAAAGAAAGUGAAGUUGUCAAACGUGUUGGACCAAACAGACGACACAGAAGUUGCAACAAAGACGAGGGCCGAGAUGGGCAUCUAUUUCGAGAACCAUCGGGAGAUUACGGGCGCAGACCCGCUACCAGAGGUAGAGCCGACCGAUCUUCAAGUUGCAGCAAUGGAAGACAAAGUCGUCAUGAGGGACGAAAGUCCUUAUGCAGACUUCUCCAUCCUUACACCUUUUGGGAGAAGGAUACAAAGAGCUAUGAAAACGAAAAGCUACUCAUUCCAACCGGAUGGCACGUGGAAAGCGGCCGACAUCCCGGGGCCACCUCACUUCCAGGCGUGGCAAGCCUGUUUCAGGGUGUACCGAGCAGUUUUAUUCAUGCUGCGCUACAAUGCAACAGCGGCGCCGGCGGGAGGAGCGCCAGUGAGCGCAACUCGAGGCAUGGUGACAAGGAGACCAUUAGUCGUUCAGCCUCACUCCCUCGAGAGAUACUUCGAGGCCUUCAAAGAGCUCUGUCAGGAGUUCCCGGAAUGCUGGCAUUUGCUGAUGCCGGCCGAGGAUCGAAUGAGAGCCGAGAGGUUCGAGCACAUUCGAAGGAAUUUGCAAAGGGCCCACAACGAGGGCAAAGUCCCGCUGGAUGUGGACUUCAACCCAGCGACUCCUUGGGAUGGGGUCUUCCAGGCUGCGGCGUUGGACCACCAAUACUGGGACGCCAAUGUCAGGAGACCCGCAGUCGCCUUCCUUGCCAGGAUGGGGAGCCAAUUGCAACCGACGCUCGAGCCCGUGUCAGAAGGAGCAAAGGCGUCAUUGGCCAAUGUGGAGGCGGCCCUCGGCGCGGCAGCUCCAGUGGGGGCGGCGUCACCAGCCAACAAGAAGACGAGGAAGAGGAAGAAGGAGAGCCCAGGCGAGGGGUCAGACAAGGAGAAGAAGCCGGCGACGAAGCCAAAGGUGGAAGACCGCUUCACAAACAAAACGCAUCCCAAGAAGUGGGGAGGUCUCUUCCACAGCACGCCAGAGGGGCGAGAGCUGUGCUAUACCUGGGCAAAGGGAGCUACACCAGAGGCUUGCGCGGAGCCCUGUGCGGCAAACCGAGCGCCCAGUGUUGGCGUGGAAAGGGGACGGGAAGGACAGUCCGUCCGCCCCUUCAGGUUCUUGGAGCUGUUUGCCGGGCAGGCAGGGUUUUCGGGGGCUGUCAAGUUGGCCGGUGGAGACCUGGUGGAGGUGAUGAAUCACCAAGAUUCUUGGACCACAAAGUGGGACAUCUUGGUGGACGAGGACUUCGAGAAAGCACGAGGAUGGGUGAGGGAAGCAGACCACACCCAUUUAGCCCCGCCUUGCAAGUCCUUCACGAAGGCACGGAGGUCAGACAAAUUCGGGACCACCAAAGUCGUGCGGUCGCAAGCACAACCAGAAGGCUGGGGCGACCCUCUGACAGUAGAGGGCAACAAAAUCGUGGAGAGAGUGUCAGUCCUAUUAGACGAGGCUCAGUCGGCAAGGAACACUACUUCGUUGGAAAACCCGGAGGACUCGUUCAUUUGGGAGCAGCCAACGCUGGAAAGGCACAUGAAAAGAAUGGGAAAGGUUGGGCUAGACCAAUGCCCAUACGGUGCCGAAACCAAAAAGCCGACUGGGAUCCUUACGGGUGCAUCAUGGAUGGCAGAUGUUUGUGCCAGGUGCGAGGAGGCACGACCACACGAGCAUAUGCCAGGUGGUUUGGUCGGAAAGACCUUGGAUCAUUUCUUCGAUCCGCCAAGAGAGGUGUGGAAAACCGCUUUAGCGGCCGAGUACCCCACGGGGCUGUGCUGGGCAUGGGCACAGUCGCUUGUCCGCUUCUUGAAGACAGAAGAAGGACGGGUGGCGCUGCAGAAGAAAACCUUCAGAGUGAAAGGAAACGCGCUGAGUGCGGUCCAGCCGGAAGUACAGACAAGGCAUCCAGCGAGCAAUCGAGAAAGAAGAGAGAUAGAAAACGACCGGGCGGUGGGAGGACUAAGAAAUCCCUACCGUGCCAUUCAGAGCAAGGCUGCAGCUUGGAAGCUGGGCGCCAGUGUGCGCCACGUGCUCUUGGGGGUCGUCAAAGAGAACUCACGGGAGUUGCACACGCUGGUGUCGGGGGGGUCCUUUGCGGGCUUCCACAAAGACACAGUGGCAGCAGCAGCCAGUGCGCUGUCGUCACUUGUGGGGGUGGAGCAGGAAACCCCAUCUCCGAUACGGGUUACACUCCUGGAAAAGCUGCUGGAGAGGAGCCAAGACCCAGAGAAAGACGUGACGCAGUGGCUGAGAGAAGGCUUCCCGCUGGGGAUAGAGAAGGAGCUUGGAAUCAACAACGUGUUCCCGGCAACGGAGUGGGAUACAAAGGCCGUGGAGCUGUCGCGGCAAUUCCCCCUGCUCACCGACUGGAGCGAAGUGGACCAAGCGGAAAACUACAAGUCCUUCCAGGAAGCAGGGCAAGCAGCAUUAGAAGAAUUGGAGCGUGUGGCCGAGGCAGGCUAUGCGACGCGUUGCAAUUCAUGGGCCGAAGUCCUGCAGUCUGCUGGAGAAGGAGCCUCGCUGACCAGGCUUGGAUGUAUCCAAAAACCCAAGCCAGGAGGGGGUGUCAAGACCCGAUUGGUGGUCGAUUGUCGGCGAUCAGGCAUCAAUGGGUUGAUGUGUAUCAGGCAGCGGGUCGUUCUACCGAGAGUGAGCGACGUCGCAAACGAAUGGGCUGCCAUGGUGCAAGAGGACAACGAUGCGGUGGUCCACUUCGCCGUAAUCGACUUCCGCGAUGCCUUUUACCAAUGCCGACUCGCACCAGUGGAGCGCAAACAUGUAGUAGUCAAGGCCAGUGGGUCGGUCUACUACAUCUUAGAGGUCGUCGCAUUUGGCCUGGCCUGCGGGCCACUGUUGUGGUCAAGGCUGGCCGCGGCACUCGUGAGGCUUGCCCAAGCGGCUUGUUGGGAUACAGCCCGCAUACAGUGUUAUGUGGACGACCCCUUACUGGUGGUCAAAGGGCUGGACGCGGUGGCCAGGUCAGUGAAUCUGGCGAUACCGCUCCUGCUGUGGCAGGCGUUGGGCUGCCAACUGAGUUGGAACAAGAUGCAGCUGGGCACAACCGUACAGUGGAUCGGUUUUCAGCUGCAGCUGAAAGAUGGCUGCAUUGUGGCACAACUGUCGCAAGAGAAGCUGGAGAAGCUGCAGAGGGCUUUGGAAGAGUUGUUGCAGCACAAAGGAGUCGUUCCAGUUCAGCUCCUCCGGUCGAUGGCCGGUUUAUUGGGUUGGCUCACGUCAAUCGUCAAGCUGGCAAGGCCGUGGGUAGGAAUGAUAUGGGGAUGUGUCACAGAAUGCGAAUCCCGGGUGCCGAAGCGUGCCAGGGAAAGAAAGAAUUUGGUGUUCAUGAAACAGGUGCAAUUGGCACUAAGCACCCUGCACAGGAUGACUCAGUGCAGCUCCUUGAAUGCCACCUUCCACUGGCAGCCACGCGCAUUGUGGCAAAUACAGACAGAUGCUUCAGUCUUUGGAUUUGGUGGCAUCCUGUGGUAUGGUCGACAGCCAGUCGCUUGGUGGGCAGACGAAAUCCAGGAAUGGGAUUUGGCGCUGCUGGGGGCCAGAACAGGAGACCCAGCCUGGCAAUCCGAGUGGGAGUUGCUGGCUGUAGCAAUCUCAGUCAAGCUGUUUGGGUCACAAAUAGCAAGUCAGGCCGUGCACUUGACGACUGACAACACAGGCGUCCUGCACACUGCCUUAAACCUUAGGGCCUCCUCGCCAGGAAUGGUGGCCAUUGCCGCAGAAUUGGCCUGUGUGCUUCGUCAGUAUGACGUUGACCUGCGGCAGGGCGACCAUGUCCGUUCUGCCGCCAAUUAUCUGGCAGACGCCCUGAGUCGGCUGUCCCGCGGUGCGGCUGUGCCUGCACUUUUGGGAGUGCGCUUGUCCGCAGUUCCGUUGCCCAAGCUCGGUAGAUCGGUGGCACCGUGUGGCCACGGCACAUGCCGCGAGGUAGUCUCCUACCUCGUUGCAUCGCUACUCGGUGCAGUAGCGCUGUUGUGGCAGAAAGAGGUGACGGCGUCUCGGGAAGAUUACGCCAAUGGGCCAGUGCGCUUCCCCAAGAACGAUGGCUUCGACCCGUGGUCAGCCUUGGCCCAGAGGGCGAAGCUAGUGGUCUCAUGUCAAAAUGAAGAAGUCGCAAGGAGGAAGACUAUCCUUGCACAGCCUGGAAUGGAAACGGAAAACGACUUGGCGGGGGCGCUGGCAGAAAGAAUCCUGGGUGACAAAGGGCGCCACCUCGAAAUGGCCUGGUGGGCCGAGGUUAAGCGAAAGGAUUGGGCGCUUCACGGAGAGAGGCCAGUGAUGCCUUUCUCUGUGAUGAAAGCCUACGCUGUGGCCAGGCCUCCGGGACAAGAUGAACCACAAGAGGAAGGGGGGCUCCCGUCCGCGGGUAGUGGCGACCUUCGCCCGCAUGGAGAAGGGGACCCGGCGGGGGCCGAUACAAACAAGGUGCCAGUCAAAGUGGAGCCCAAGGAGGACGAUGGAGCCUCCUCAGAAAACGAAGGCUUAGGAGCAAAGAGGAGGAAAACGGGCCCCAGCAAGGACCACUUUGUAGAGCCGGGGGGGCUCAGAGCGCCCACCACGCCGGCAGGGACCCCGGCUGCGCGAACCACCGGCCCCGUGGUGGCGCCGCCUAAAACAAGGGCGAGAGGGUCUGCGGCAAAAGCCUUGGUUGUCGCCUCCUCGGAAGAUCUGAUGAAACAGGCAAGAAUCAACUACGGCGAGUUGGUCUAUGCAAAAUCAACGGCAAUUGCCAAAGAAAGCAAGGCCAGAUUAGUUGUGCAGAUCGCGGAAGCGAGAAACCUGGAACCGUUUCCACUUACUCCUGCAGUGAUCGGGGAAGUGGCGGCGGUUCUGCGGGCAGCCGACUUUGCCUCAGGCGCAACGUACCUUUCAGAAGCAAAGCAAGUGCAUCUUCGAAAGGGGUACGACUGGGACUCGUCCUUGGAUCUGGCGAUGCAAGACGCCGAAAGGGCCCUCACCAGAGCUCUCGGCCCGGUUGUGAAGGCCGAGGAAAUACCUCCAAAGCUUUGGAGACUAUGGCAACUGGCUGGUCGUAGGGGCUUUGUUCGAAGUCAAAUGCAGCCUCAGGCGGGGCCAGAGCUGUGGGGAAUGGGCUCGGCGUUCUUGCUGAGAGAAACGGAACUCGCACACCUCCUGAUGGGUUCAGUGUCUUUGGAGGUCACGUUGCUCCUCUCCAUGUCAAAGACCGACCCGGGAGGAAAAGGGGCAAGGCGCACGAGAUCAUGCGUGUGCUCCUAUCCGCCUGAGGACGAAGGCGAGAGUGACUGCCCCUUUCACGCCACGCUGUUGGUGAUGGCAGAAAGAACCAAGGUACUUCGUGGAAUGGGCUACGAGGAAGAAGAAUUGAGGGAGUUCACUGUCGUUGGACAGGUCGGUUGCCCCACCUUGAUGGUGACCAAAGAAGCCAUGAUAGCGGCUCUUAGAAAGGACGUGGAAGAGGCCUGCAAGUCAUCCGACCUCGCAAAGCACCGGUUGGCGGCCCCAAACUUAGACAGGGCGACGGGCCACUCACUAAGAAGAUCCGGGGCAAAGGACGCCGUCAAGAGGCACGGACUCCCAUUAGCGAUGGUCCAGUGGCUUGGCCGUUGGGGAUCCAGUGCGGUCCAAGGCUAUGUCGAGGACGCCCUUGAAGAAAUGCCUGAAAACAAGGUGGCUCUGACCACAUGGGAAGGAGUGGCCCGCAAAACCCUGGAGCAGGCCGCUAAAUGUCAGGAGAUACAGGAGAUGAUCAAAUUGGUGAAAGCUGAGGUUAAAACCAACGAUCAAAACACCAGAGCCAUGGUACAGGAAAUCAGGGACCAAGCCAGACCGAAGUUGGUCCUGAACCUGUCCACUCUUAUGGUGCAUGCCACCGCACGGUCCGACAGCAGUGAGUGGGCAGGCAACCCGCUCAACUGGGUCACCCGGUGUGGUGGCUGGAGAUGGGCUGCCGCUGGAAGGCUAGCAAAGCCUCUGUCGGCAAAAGAACAGGCCUUGGAACUGUUUUCGCAGAUGGCAGAGGUCGCCGAGGUCGCUGAGAGUCCAGGUCGCUGGACUUUCGAGCGAGCAACCAACAUCGCAGCUGCGGCCUGCGGACGCAGCAAUGCUUGGACGAAGGCAUGCGCUCUGUUGGAUAUGCGACCUGUGGGUGGGGAGGCUGCGACUUCCAGAAGCAUCGGCCAUGCCAUUGUUGCAGCUGCCUGCGAACGUGGAGCUGCGAUUCGUAGUCUGCCGUGGCAAAUGCGAGCAGCUGCACUGCAGUGGACAUCAGCAUUGUCAAAUGGAUCGCACGUGAAGCUGUUUGCAGACACGGCUCCGGUCGUGGCCUUCUUGCAAAGCAGUGGAGCCUUGAGUGGCCCUUGCAGGAGGUUUGCGCGUUCUUUGUCAACUGUCCUCCAUUGUCUUCGAGCUCCGAAAGGUCGCAACUUAGGUCUUGCUGGCCUUGCAGACCUCGGGUUAGUCUCUGCCCGAAUUGUGCUACAACAGCUGCGCGUGACAGCUGGUGCCAAGCUGGAAUGCUUGGAGCUGGUGGUCGAUCGGCACCGAAGCUUUGGUCGUCAGAUGGCCUUUGUCGCUGGGGCGACAGCUUCAGGAGAGCGUGUCCAGGUUCUCUUUCAGGAUGCGCAAGAGCGCUGCAGUGCAGAGGAUUUAGAGGCUCUCAAGAAGCAGCUGCCCACCAGCAGAGCAUUGGCGUUGGGAAAGAAGGACUUUUUAGUUUCCUGCUUGAUUGUUGCAAGAGAAAACACUAAAGAUGAUGCUGGACCUCCUGUGUAUCAGGCGGGAAAGCUAUUGAGUGUUUCUUCGCGAUCAAGAGGAUACCUUGAGCUGUCAGACAAGGACCAUCGCCACACCAUUUUUGCAGACUUCGUGGCUUCAGAGCUGCUGCAAAAGGAGGGCAUUGGCGAUGGCUAUGUGCUUGAGGUCGCAGGCGGCAAAGGAGCGCUUGCUACUGCUUUGGGCUCCCGUGGGAUGAAAGUACUGAUGGUGGAUCCUCGGCCUUCAGAGGCAUCAGAAGUUGUCGACGAGCUUGAAGCCACGGAGGAAGGUGAAGAUGAGCAUGAUCAAGCUGGUUCAGUCCGCAGAAUUUGCUCCAACUUUGACGACUCUUCGAUGUCUUUGGUAAUUGGAUCAGAAGCGGUGGUUGCGAUGCACCCAGAUGAGGCCACUGAUGCUGUGGUCGAAGCUGCCUUGACUGCCCAACGGCCGUUUGCUGUCGUGCCGUGCUGCGUUUUCCCACGGAUUUUCCACCAGCGCCGCUUGAGAAACGGAGGAGGAGUUGUGGGCUACACAGGGCUCUUGCGCUUUUUGAGGGAGAAGGAUCCACGCAUUCGUGCUGCACGAUUGCCCUUUACAGGACGAAAUAUUGUGCUUUACAUGACAAAGAAUGACUUUGGCAGCGAGAAGAAGGCAACGGAUGUUGGACCCCUUCGUGCUCCCGAUUGGGUACAUGUCCGCUGAAGCUUCACAGUGGAUACGCAGAUGAAAGAUGCCACGACAGUUUCACGGGAAACCGGGCUCCACGAAUGGUUCUUGGCAAAAUUGCUGGACGCACUCAGGCCGCGGAUGAAGUUGGAAGCCGCCUGCCAGUAGGAAUUUCUUGGAAAGUAAACCUAUGUUGCUGCUGGCACGGCGCAACCUGGUAUACCUAUGCUAUGAGGAGAUGCGGACGAUUAUUUCCACGCCAUUGAAACUGUACGAAUUUUGCAGACUCCGACCCGAUUCAGGCCUACAGAGAUUGAUGACAUAUGCUGAUGCUGAUAGAAAAUUCGUGAAACUGACGUAAUUCUACGAUUCCUAUUUGUUUGGGAAAGGUCCAGGUGGAGUGAUAGCCGAUGGCGUGACUUCCACAUUGUUUCUGAUGCGAGAGACGGAGAAUCGGUUGGUGAUACAAUGCUCGCGUGGAACUACACUGAUGAAGAGCAAAUGGCAAGUGUCCACAGGCUGAAGACUUCAACUAUUGAGUUGCAGUUGAGAGACUACACCAAGAGCUCUGACGUGCUCAGCUCCCUGGAAAACGUCUCUGACACCAAUGGCUGUUUACGUAACUUAACCAUCCGUAAGCAAGAGACAGACGAAUGGCCACCUGCGCAUACAUGAGUAUACAUGAGUGCAAAGAAGUGACUCUCAUUUACAAAUCAAUUUCUGCAUUUCCCGGCAUCGGUGCAAUGAUGUGCCGGAAACUGGUGCAAUGAAGGUCCAUUUGUGCAUGGUUUUGUUCAAAUGGCAGCAGUGUCAACACGAGCAGCAUACCUCACUCUCGACUAAUUUCCGUAGCUGCGAGCUGGAUGCGCUGGAUGCAGCAGGUUUUAAUUUGACGGCAGCCAUGGAGAAGCUACUGAUUUGACUCUGUCUCGUUUUGAUUUCACUGGCUUUGAAGAGACUCCAAGAGUUGCCGUUCGGACAUAUUCGGACAUGCUCGCUGGCAUUGACCUUGAAAUUCUCCCAGGGCUGCUCGAGAACUCGAAACCAAGAAGAUGCGGAGCGACAAAAAAA